AAUCCAGUGAAAUAUGGCGAAGACAGACUUUUUACCACUUCAAUGGCAAUUAAUGCGCUGAUUACGACUUGGACCUACUACAACGACAAAACUGGUCAUCUUCAUUGGGAUGAAAAUACCCCAUCUGAUGUCAAGAAGGUUGUAGCAGCUUCUGUUAACUUUCUGAAUACCUAUAUUCUCGGUGAGGAGUACAAACCUUGGAAUAUGUUCUUCUCUGGAUCUUUUAAAGGAUUUGGAACAUCUUGGUCUCAAUAUCCAGCGAAUCGUAACGAUCACGUCAACGGAACUAAAAUUCGAAUUCGUGGAAUGGAGGGCGUGGCCGACGAAUCCUGGUAUGACCAGCAGCUGAAGUCUCUUAAAACUCCUACUAUUUUCCAUGGUUACAACAGCGACCCCUCCUACUUCCCAUUCUGGUGUUCCGAAUCUUACACCUAUGUCACUAGUAUGCUGGCUCUCUCCACCUAUAACAAUAUCGCCGGAAAUAACCCGUGAAUUUCCACUCUGGAUAAAAAUGAUGGCAUUGGACAUGUCUGUCAUUUAAACAUUUUUACACUUAUAUCUGCUUGUUUACCAAAGUUUAUUUUCUUCGAUCUUGAAAAUAUUGAAAUAAAGAAAAAUA